AUGAGCACUGAAGCAGAGCAGCAGCUUCUCCAUGAUGCUAGAAAUGGAAAUGCUGAAGAAGUUAAACAGCUGUUGGAUUCCAUGGACAAAGGAGAAAUAAGCUUUGAUAUCAACUGUAAAGGCAGGAGUAAAUCUAAUAUGGGUUGGACACCUCUUCACCUUGCUUGCUACUUCGGACAUGGUGUUGUGGUAGAGGAUUUGCUGAAGGCUGGUGCAGAUGUGAACGUGCUGAAUGACAUGGGGGACACUCCACUCCAUCGUGCAGCUUUCACAGGCCGUAAGGAGGUGGUGAUGUUACUCUUGCAGCAUAAUGCUGAUACUUCUAUUGUUAAUGGUAGUGGAGAGACCGCAAAAGAAGUUACUCAUGAUAAAGACAUAAGGAAUAUGUUGGAAGCAGUGGAAAGGACACAAGAAAGGAAACUGGAAGAAGAACUCUUAGGAGCAGCGAGAGAGGGGGAAACAGGGAAACUCACUGCCUUGUUGAACAAGCCCAAACCACCUGAUAUCAACUGUACAGAUCAGAUGGGGAACACACCGUUGCAUUGUGCAGCAUACCGUGCCCAUAAGCACUGUGCAUUGAAACUUCUAAAAAAUGGAGCAGAUCCUAAAAUAAAGAACAAAAAUGAUCAGACACCCCUUGAUCUAGCCCAAGGUGCAGAAAUGAAACUGAUACUGGGAGGCAAAACUGGAAAGGUUAUCAACAAACCCCUGAGACGAUACGAAGGUCUCCUUUGGAAGAGCUCACGAUUUUUUGGUUGGAAACUCUACUGGAUCGUUCUAGAACACGGAGUUCUUUCCUGGUAUCAGAGACAGGCGGAUGCAGUGAAUAAUGAUCAUCGUCAGGGAUGCAAGCAUCUAACACAAGCUGUCUGCACGGUAAAAUCUACAGACAGUUGCUUCUUUUCUGUCAGAUGUUUUGAUGACACUGUUCAUCGUUUCAAGAUUCCUAAAAAUAGCCUUCCUUCUCAAACUAGAGAGAGUUGGCUGGAAGCAAUAGAAGACCACUCUGCAUAUAGCACUCAUUACUGCACACAGGAACAGUUGAGUAGUGAUGAUGAGGAAGAUGAUACGGUAUCUGUUACAGACCUACAGGAGACUCUGAAAAAAGCACAAGCAUGCCAACAAAGACUCGGUAAAGAGAUUUCAGACUUUCUUGCAAUGGUUAAAUCUUUGGAUGCUACAAAAGGUAUAUCUUCUCCCCUCCUGCAAAAAGUUGACAUGGUCUCUGAAGUAUCACAGGAAACCUGUGAGGCCCUGGCUGACUGCCUCAACCUCUUCACAAAGCAAGAAGGG